UGUCGGCAUUCGGUUUUCUGCCACGGCGAGGGGUGGUUGCUCGUCGCUGCUUUGAUUUGAAGUUUAUUUUUAUACUUCAAAACCAAUCGAGUGAAAGUCAAUUCAGACGUUCUUCUAGUGUUAUCCGUUUUAGCAUAAAAUCUUUAAAGAAUGGCCGCUAAGAAGACGUUGUCGAGAUGAGCAAAGUUUCUUUGGUGCUUUGAAGCAUUGCGCGCGCGUUUGGAGUCGCUUGAUUUGUGUAAAUUUCACGCCAAUAUGUUUGCUUUUGUGAUUUUAUUCGUUCUGCUUGGUCCCGCGGUUCGGGCAAAUGCCAUUGAUGCGGAGAGACCGGGAACUGCGUCGGACUUGCAAGGAAAAUUGGUUUUCGCCCACGUUCUGUACCGGCACGGCGACAGGACACCAGUUGAUCCCUACCCGACGGAUCCAUGGAGGGAUCCGAAAUACUGGCCAACAGGUUGGGGUCAGUUGACAAAUAUUGGAAAGCGACAACAUUAUGAGCUUGGCAAAUGGCUUCGAAGACGUUACAAUUCACUUUUGAAUGAAACUUAUUCAAAUCAAGAGGUCCACAUCCAAUCAACUGACGUAGAUCGUACUCUUAUGAGUGCUCUUUCAAAUUUAGCGGGUAUGUUUCCUCCGAAAGGAAAGGAUAUUUGGAAUGAGGGUUUGGCUUGGCAGCCAAUACCAAUUCACACGAUACCUGAAAAUGAAGACUCGAUUUUAGCGAACAAGAAACCAUGUCCUGCAUACAAGUAUGCAUUGUCAAAGCUAUUGCACACUGAGUUCUUCCAAAAACUUGAUAAACGUUUUGCGCCGCUAUACGAAUACUUGACUAAAAUGACUGGACGGAAAAUCAAUACAUUGGAAACGGCAGAGAAAAUUUAUGAUACUUUUGUCAUAGAAGAAAAGUACAAUUUGACUUUACCUGAAUGGAGCAAAAAGGUAUACCCUAGCGAUGAUCUCUAUUAUAUCGCUGUAUUAUCGUUUGCGGUUGACACCUAUACACGACCAUUAGCUCGUCUGAAGACGGGACCCCUUUUAAAGGACAUUUUGCAACGGUUUCAAGAUAAAGCCAACAAUAAUCUAAAUCCAAAUCGAUCACUAUGGAUUUAUAGUGCUCAUGAUACAACAGUAGCGAAUUUGUUGAACACGUUGGGUGUUUUUGAACUCCACAGUCCACCAUACACAGCCUGCAUUAUGUUGGAAAUGCGACUUAUAGAGAGUACUCCAUUUAUUUCGGUAUUUUAUAAGAACACAACGGCCGAGCCGUUCUUGAUGAGUAUUCCGGGUUGCGGGAAACAGUGCCCGCUUGAAAGGAUGUAUGAAUUAUACAACGAUGUCUUGCCAGGAGAUUGGGAUGCUGAGUGUGGAAUGUCAAUGUUUUCGAUGACGUAUGAAGAUGCCAGUGUUACACCGGCUAUGAAUUUUUUUGAUUACAUUCUAGCAAUUGUUGUCAGUGGUUCCUUAUUCGUAUUCACCAUUGUCCUCAUAUACAUUGGGAUUGUAUAUUAUAGGAGGCGGCAGUAUUUCGAUUACCGAUGGUAUAUGCAUAUAGAUAGUUAAUGUGUGGUGUGGAGUGAUAAAUUCAUUGAAACGGGUUGAUAACAGCGUGCUAUUUUGAGUGCAUACUGGUGAUUUUCCUUCCUAAGAUUUUAGUGUGUUUACCUCGUCAUGUGUUAAACAUUUUCUGCCUUUCCAUUUUUAACUAGACAUAAUGCUUGCUAGGAUAUAAGUAACAAUGAUUUGGUCAUUUGAAUUUUAAGUAAAAAUAUUUCCUGUUUGAUGUUAACCGUUAUCAUCAAGAAAAGACUGUUGUAUUAUGUAUAUUUUAUUAAGAUAUAUAAAUAAAGUGUAUUUUUAUUACGGAAA